UUGGGGCAGAGACCAACUUGUUUUCGAGAAAUCAUUCAAAAUUCCUGGAAAUUCCUCAUGGAGAACUUGGACGUGGACAGAGUCGCAGUUCGUCUAUAUGGAGAAGGCAUUCUCACUUCUGGAGAUUUUGUUGCAAUCAUGACACGAAAGGAUCCCACCGAGAGAAAAGUGAUACUCCUAGCAAAACUGUCUUUAAGGAUUGUUCCGGGCAAUAUCCAAAAGUUCUUCGAGGUGCUGGAAAUGGAGGAGCAGAGAGCUGCAUGUGAUGAACUCCACAAAGCAUGGAUGGCCAUAGAAGGAGGGGAGGAUAAAGCCUUUCAACUCCAGGCCUCCAAUGGGACUACAGGAAACCGAUGUACGCAAACAACGAUGAAGCAAAAUCCAUCGACUAUGACAAUGGCCGAGGAGGAAAUCAAGACCGAAUCGGAGGUUUACAAGGUAGAUCACCAUGAUGAGUUUGUGAGCAAGCUCAAAUUGGGUGACAUUAUUUGUACAAACCUUCGGGAAAAUUUCCCGAAACUAUAUCACGCAGGCAUAUAUUGCGGGCCGAGGAAAGGUGCCCAUCCGGUACUGAUGGAAUUCCUGAAACUAGACCUAAACCUCGUCUGCCCGGAUUGCAAUCAAGACCUUGUCUUGAAAGACUGCGACCACAACGUUCACAUCGUGGCGGAUCUAACAUAUAUCGAUGAUGGAGCCGGUGGGUUGGCGGUCUUGGGCCCGCUUGCCUCGAGCAGGAAGAGAACCAGUAAUUCCCAAACGAAAUUUGGCCUCUCCGUGUUGAAAUGUUUCAUGAAAGAUGCCGGAGCUUUCAAGUUCAAUUUCCUCGAUAAAGGAGGAAAAAAAGUUGGAGAGGGGAAAGAUCCAUUGGCUAUUGAUGAGAUUUUAAGGAGAGCCCUCAAGGCAGUUACCGAUCCGAGUUACCGCAAGGAGUAUGACCUUCUCUCCUUCAACUGUGAGCAUUUUGCAAGCUGGUGUAGAUAUGGGGAGAAGAGCAGUUUGCAGGUCGAGAAGUUCGUACAGUCGUUAAAGGCCGCUGGCAGUAUAAUCUUUGCCAUGAUCACCAUUUUCCUUGUUGCUACAAAAGGAGGAACUCCAAACAAAAAACAAAAACCCGAUGAUUGAUGAAUGAUGAAAUGGAAACAUGGAGAGGAACAGGAAACGCAUAGGAGAAAAGACGAUACGGAAAGUCGUGCGUGG